GCGGCCCGGUCUCAGCGUGUGACGGGUGGCUCCGGAGGUUGCGCAAAACAUUCCUUCUUUCCUCACACCCAAAACGGGUUCUUAAGAAUCAAGAAAAAAUGGCAAAAGAGCUUCAAGAAGUAAUACAAAGAUGUCAAAUUCUUGAUGAAGAGAAUUUUAAAGGGGAAGACUAUAAUCUUUUUCAAAUUGCUGGACAGAAGUGUUUGGAGGAAGGGAAUAUCGCUGAAGUAUUGGAAGUUGUACAAAAUGAGAAAAAUGCGGUUAUUAUCAAAAAUAUGGGCUGGAAUCUUAUUGGACCUAUACUCAGAUGUAUGCUGAAACAUAAGCAAGAUGAUACUGAGAGAGAAUACUGUAUGAAAAUGCUAGACAAGUUGGUAGAAAUGUGCAGUCCAAAAGAGCUUAUUUUGGGCUUCCUGGAACAGAUUGAACAAGCUUCUAUGGACCAGAUAUCUUCAGUUAUUUUGCUUCUGCUGAAGCCUUUGCAGGAAGCACUUCUUAAACUUGAUACUAAGAAAGCAUAUUCAGUGGGGUUGUCACUGUCUACCAUUUUGAGCCAGCUCUCCCUUCUGCCUGUCCCUUACACAAAACAGCAACUGCAAGAAGACCAGCAUGGGCUUUGCCAGUGCUGCAGUGCUCUAACACAGUUUGUCAAACCGUUUGUGCUUGAAGUUGUUCAACGUAUGGAGAUCACAUCAGGUGGCGAUUGUAAUGAACUAAAGGAGGAACUACUGGGAUUUUGCCUGAAAAGUUUAAAAUAUCCAUUGCUAAUGGCGGAGCUUGAUCCACUACUUGAAGAGAUUGCUGAGCAUCCCCUGAGGCAGUUUGCUGCUGAUAUACUUGGAAUUUUAUUGGAUAUUAGAGAAUUAUUUCCACAAGUGCGUUUUCAGCCUAUAUGCAAAAAUGAACGCUGGGAUAAUGAAAACUUGUCGGAAAUGGACAAGGAACAGUCUAGAGAUGCUUUGGCGUGUCUAUCUUAUAUAUUGUUUGUUCAGAACUGCUUUGGUAUUGACUGCCUUCCAGUAGUUUUCAACCCAUCAUAUAUUUUGCAGUGCAAUAUGGGGCAUGUUAGAGUUUUAUUGAAAAGGACAGAAGAAUCUGUUUUAUCCAAAGGACUUGCUCUUUUGGAGAACUGUCUACUAAGAUUGGAAGAUAAUAGCCUUAUUCUUGAGUACUUGGAGUUUGAAGGCUUUCUUACAACACCUCAGGAUUUGGUCAAGGUUAUGACCCAAUGCCCUUUUGAAUCUCUGAGAAAGAAGAGCUUAAAGAUUUUGCAGAUGUAUAUAGAUAAGUUUGAUGAAGAGGGAAAAUUCAUAUUAUUUAGAUGUUUGUUGAAGACGAGCAACCAUUCUGGUGUGGAAGGACAUAUUAUUCAGAAUAUUAAAAAUCAGAUUGAUUUAUCCUUAAAGAGGGCAGAAGGCAGCAAGUUUUUUACUGGACUCCAGUUGGUCUCUCUGUUGGACAUGGUGCUCUUACUUCCUGAAGGUGCUGAAACUGAUCUUCUCCAGCACUCAGACAGGAUAAUGGCCUCACUGAAUUUGCUGAGAUAUUUAGUCAUUAAGGAUAAUGAAAAUGACAAUAAGACUUGUGUAUGGACAGAACUUUACAAGAUAGAGAGGAAUUUCUUGAAGCCCUUACACACUGGACUUAACAUGUCAAGAGCACACUAUGAAGCAGAAAUAAAAAGGAAGAAAGAAAACAAAAGAGAGCCUCAGAUUCCCAAAAGGACUUGUGCUCUAACAGUAGCUGGGGCAAAGUUGUCAGGAAUUACAACUAACAUGGAGCUUCAGGCUCUUCACUCUGCACUUUUCACGUUUGAUUUAAUGGAGAGUGUUCUGGCAAGGGUAGAAGAACUCAUUGAAAACAAAGGCUGCAACUGAAGGAAUGAAAUUUUAAAAAACCUUUAUUUCAGUAUUCCACUUUUACUUGUCAAGUCAGAUUGACUGAAGUAUAACAUGCCAAAUUUUAAAUAUUUUCAAAGUAAUCGUUAUUAUACAGACUUCAAGAAGUUUUAGAAUAUAUCUUUUCCUGUAAACCUUCAGAUGUUAGCCCCAAUGGCUGGACUAUAUUGUGCUCUUGCUAUGUUUUGGAUGUUAGAACCACAGGUAUCCAUGACCAUGAAGUUUCACCCUAACAUUUUAUGUAAUGUUACCUAUUUAUAAAGGCAUACUAUGAAAUAAAGUAUCAAUAUAAAAGCAAGCAAAAAUUGCAACAGGUAUUACUUGGUACAAUCAGUUUUAUUAACAAGAUUUAUGACUAAAAGGAUUGUUAAAAUUUGAGGAAGGGAGCAAGACCAUUUUGCUGCUUGAAUCCCAUGAAAACCUGCGGCAGAGAAUUAGUGGGAUCCUCCAGGGCAGUUUGAGAAGCAGAAUGGAAGGGGGAAAAGAUAACUGGCAAAGAUUGUUUGCUUUCUCUCAACCCUUCCCCUUCUAGCAGCAAGCUUCUCUUGGAUUGUAAUUUGUUCUAUGAGUAGUAGGGUUUCUUCCAUUAACAGAACAGCUGGUCUGGAUUUCAUCCCAUCAAAUUAAGUCUCAUACUAGUGAAUUGAUUGGCAAAAGCUGCUUAUAAUUUAAUUCCUAACCUUGUCACAGGCUGAUAGACAGAUGUGUUAGAACUAUGGUUCUUCUUACCCAAAUUUCAAACUGUAUAAGUCCCCACAAUACUUCAGGUAAUUCAAAGGGAAGAAAAAAAUAACAAGGAAAGAACAUUGCUAAAAUACUGAAUAAGAAUUUUUCAAAAAACAAAAAUAGAAGUGAGUAAACAACUAUUGUGAUGUAAAACUAUAAAGUUAGAAUCAUGUCUAUUAGCUGCUCUUCUGUACUUUUGAAUAAUGACCAUUCUCCCCCAAUAUUACUUAAACGAUACUGGGAACUUUAUAUACAAGCUUUUGUUUAUACCUGUCUUCUUUUGACUAUUGAAAGGAAAAUAUAUAACAGUAAUAUUCCUCUCUUUACACAGGAAAUUAAACAUCUAAUUACAGAGAAUUUUUAUUCUGAACAUAUCUGUUAAAAAUGUAUUUUCAAACAGGUGUUCUGAUUUCUUUGUGGAUAUGUUUUUUAAAGCACAACAAUGAGCGAAUAAACAUGGUCAAAUUUUUGAAUA